AUGUAUACUGUGCAUGAAAGUUGCAAAAAUAAUAAUUCAGGAGCUGUUAAAAUAUUUGAAUGUGAGAUUUCAAAUUACCAACCAUGUCUAAUUGAAAGGGGUAUAAACCAUAGUAAGGAAUCAUAUCAAAAAGAUAGUAACUUAGAUGAAAUCUUGAAAAAUAAUCAGAAUGAAUACUUUGAUUCAUUAGAUAUUUCAGAUGAAAUGUCUGAUUAUUCAUCUACUUUUAAAGAUAAAUAUAUAACAAAUUAUAAUUCAGAUAGUAAUCAAAUUAAUAAACUUAGUACAAAAUUCAAAACCUGUCUACAAACAAGCAAUCAGAAAAAUAAAUGUGUCUUAACACCAAAAAAAAAUAAAAUAUGUAAUAUUGGAGGAUUUAAAGAUACUUAUUGGUAUAGGAGAAUAAGAGGUUGGGAAAAAAUCAUUGAUGAAAAAUAUAAUAGUGUAUAUAGUAGCUAUGAACGUAAGGAAAUGAUUGGUACAGGGACAUAUGCAAAGGUUUGGUUAUUACAAGAUAAAAUUACAGGCCAAAAGUAUGCAGGAAAAUUAUUAGAACCACAUACAUAUCCAAGUGAUACAGUAGAUAGGAUAGAAAGAAUGUUUCAGUCAGAAAUAGAAAAUUUAAUUGAGAGUCAAUGCCCUGGAGUUGUAAGACUUCAUAAAAUUGUUGUUGGACCAGAAGGUUGUCUUCUUGUUCAAGAUUAUGUUGAUGAUGGUACAAUUUGGAGAGAAAAUUGUUGUGCUGAUGAAGAUGAGGCUUUUUUACACUUUAUUCAAUUAGUACAAAGUGUAUUAUACUUCCAAGAUAAAGGGGUAGUACAUAGAGAUCUAAAACCAACUAAUAUUCUACGUUAUUCUAACAAAACAAUAGUUAUUGGAGAUUUUGGUUGGAGUGAAAAAAUUGAUAAACUUCAUUUAAGUCCAUCUGAAUGGCCUGGAACCUUAGAAAUUAAUCCUCCUGAGGUAUUAACAUUUAAGGGCCCAUUAACUGAAAAAAUUGAUAAUUAUGCAAUUGGAAUGAAUUUACUCUUAUUCCUUACAGGAAGAUUUAUAUGUCGCCAAAAAGGUCUUGAUGUUACUGAAGCUGCUCCAUAUAUACUUAAAGUUGUUGAGUUAAUUAGACAUGAUUUUAGUAGUAAAAUUCUAAAAAAAAAUAAAAAUCAUUAUUUUAUGUGGGAAAUGUUCAUUGGUUUUACUGAUCCAAAUCCUACAAAUAGAUGGAGUAUUCAAAAGGCUUUAUUUCAUCCUGAAUGUAUUCAACAAUUAAUUUAUUGUUUUAAAAAAAAAUAUCAAGUUCUUUGGCAUCCAAAAAUUUUAGCUAUUAUCCAAUCUAAUAUUGUCAUACCAAAUAUACUAUGUAAUAAUAAAGAGAUUGUAAAACAAAAUUAUAAAUGUAAUUCAAAGAAAUCAAAUAGUAGUUCUGAUUUGUCUUAUAAAUAUGAAAUAGAUCAAAAUCCAAUUAUUACAUCAAAUAAUAAACAUAAUAUUGGUACAUAUAUAAUAAAGCAUGGAUAUCACAAUUCAAUAUAUGAACAAGCACUUCAUAAUCAAAAUCAAAGAAUUAGAAAUAUAUCAAAUUAUCAAUAUCACAUUUCUCCUGGUAUAUUACACCAUUAUCAAACUGAAACUUUUAAUGAAGCUAUUAUGCCUAAAUUAUUGCCUUGUAAUAGUCCAAAAUUUCAAUAUUACCAAUCACAGAUUUAUUUAAAUCAUACCCCAACAUCUAUUUAUAAAGUAGAGUAG